AUGAAGGCAUCUUUUCAGACAGGUAUUUUUAGACACCAUGUACCUGUACCACAAAGGAUAGCCGGAUUCCAAUGCCCUGGUGUAUAUGCACUUAUUAACACAGGUGAUUACACCAAAGCAGCGGAAAUUAUGAAAAAAUCUAAUAUUCCUUUUAGUCAAGCAUAUCUUUUCUUGUCAAGCUAUCCAGACGCGCUUUCUGAAUAUCUUCGUAUCAACGCUUUGGACAAAUCUUUACCAGAUAAACAACGUGUUAUUUAUGCAAACUCUUAUGUAUCAUUAUACACGCCAAUUUUGUACGCAUUGAAGAAGACAGAUUCCUACGCAACCGCCAAGGCCAACUUUAUUAGUUUUCUCAUUGAUAAUCAAAUACUUCAGAAAUUUGUCAGCAAAAGCGUCAUCGUAGACUCACUUACACAAUGUAAUCUUCUUGAUGUUCUCCAGGACAUCUAUUUGGCGCUCCAAGAUUGGGAAAAUUACAUCAAAUAUUACUUGGAAGUUCAAGGUACGUCGAAGAUCUCAGUUUCGACGUGGCGGAAGCUCACAUCAUACAUUGCCAAAAUACCAGAAAUGAAUAUCCGUCAAAAAAUCUUCAAACUCUUCCCAAGAUCUCAACAAAAAGAUCUUUUGAGGCAUUGGAAGGAAUUAGACCUCAAAAGAGUUCUCAGUGUUGGUGCUGAUCAAGCAAUACGUCCUAUCUUCCCAUUACUACUUGAUUUCGUCUUUGAAGAGCCAUCAGAUAUUUCAUUACCCGAAAUUGUUCAGCCGAUCUUCGAAGACUUGUUGAUUGACCGCUACCAUGGUCUAAACAGCCCACAGUACACAACUCUCUACUUAGUUCAUUUAGUUCGUACAGAAAAUUUGUCGAAAUUAAAUGAUUUCUUCAAAACUUCGACAUUUAAUACCGGAAACCAAUUCUUUUCACAGUUUUGGAUGGGUGUAAAGGUAUAUCUACUCAACUUAACCAUCAAAACUGAUAAAAGCCAUGCAAAUCGAAGAAAAUAUUUCAAAAAGACGAUUGAACCCUCAAAAACAGCGAUAAAAGUACAAAUAGAGGAAGUAGAGACACAAACACAAGUCAAGAAGACCAAAUCUACUGUUUUACAAGCAGUAAAUUUGGCAAAUAUCUUUUCAAUUUUCUCCAAGAAGAAAGAGAACAAGAAUCAGAAGGAUAAUGAAGAGGAAGAAGACAAUGAUGAUGAUUUCAUGGACGAUGAAGAGGAAGAACAAUGCGAAACAGGAUAUUUGAAAUUACAAAUUGCCCAAGAUACGGAAAACAAUCAUAUCGAUAUCAGAUACAAUCCUAUUGAGGCACUAACAGCACCAAUGCGUGAAUCUCCAAGCAAAAUCUCCAUCAGACUCAAACAAGAAACAGAAUCCGAAAUUUCUUCUGGAGAAGAUGACAUUUCGGAACUGGAAAGGUUCAAAGAGAAGUCAGAUGUAAGCGAAAGUGAAGCUCCGCCCCUCUAUUCAAGCUCAGAUCAAUCAGACGUCGAAUCUGAUAUUGAUAUUAAGCAGGAAGAAGAAGAAAUCAAGGAAAUGGAAACACCAGAAGACAUUGCUCCUGACUCCAAGCGUUACCAUACAAGUUCUUCUGAUUCUGAGCAUGAAGAUCAAAAUGAAGAAAAUAAUGAACAAGAUAAACCUCAAGAAGACAACAAAGAAGAUGAGGAACAGCCACAAGAUGCCCAGCAACAGCCCGAUUCAUCAAACGCGAUCAACAUAAUCAACGCAGAUAAGAAACACAAAGUCAGAACAGAAGAAGAAGAGCGCCAUCAUAAAGAGAGGGCCAGAUUACGUAAGAUCGCAGCUAAGGUAAGUGACCAAUUCGAAAAGGAUACUUACAAACCAUUAUUAAAUUACGGAAUUGAGCUUAACUCCCAUGCAUCCAACACAUAUUCCUUAUCAAUAUCCUACGCUGUUGACAAAUCCCUCAUAGAAGGUUCUCUUCAGCCACUUAUCUCAUUAAUUGAAGGACCAUUAGCCGAAAGAUUCAAAUUCGAAGAGGACAAAUCGGAGUUAAAGGAAUGUUGGAUGAGAAUAAUCUCUUCCGUUUACGAAUUAUACACAAACCAAGUCAGAUUUGAUGCAUUGGUCGAUAUUCCAGGAAUUUCGUACCUUGUACGCAAUCUUUCGGAGUUAAUGUGGAAUCCGAACGUCGACGUCUCCAAAAACUGGAAAGAAAACAUCAACAUGAUUAUUUCGGAUAUCGAUGAAGUGAAAUUUUACAAUACAAUGCUUAAAGCCAACCCAGAACAGCGUAAAAUCUUCAUUUCCAUCCUUAUCUCCUUGGACGAAGCCAACAUUAAACAAGGAAAAUUCGAUAAGCAGUUUGAUGACUUAAUUUCCAAGAAUGACAGCAUCGGCAACAUGGCGAAUGAUUUCAAGAACUGCACUGGCGAAGAAACCCUUGUUGCUCUCCACGAGUACGUCAUAAAACAGAUCACUUCCGGUGAAAAAACAAGAGAAAUGUGGAUCACUUCACUUGACGAUUUACGACCAGCGCAACACAGAGCACUUUACAAUUUACCAAGCGAUGCUAGAGCGCAGAUCAUUUACUUGAUCAUCAAACAGUUCAACAAAGUAAAUGAUGAAAACAAGUUCUUGAAUUUAUUCAAACAAACCGUUUUGGAUUUCAAGAAUGAAACCAGGAAAUCCUACGAAAUCGCAGUGCAAAUGAAUGAUAAACACAAAUUCAUUUUGGCACAGAACUUGUUGACAUACAGACAACAAGGAAAUGAACCUUCUAAAUAUUGGUUCAACGCGAUAAAACAGUUUAUAAAUCAAGUUUACAACAUUGUAAAGUCUAUCGUCAAAUCAACUUCAGAAUUUGAGAUUAACUCUGUCCAAGAGACAGUCAUGAAGUUGAUGAACACUCCUUCUCUCUCAAAGUUCAAAGAACAGUUUGUAAACGAUGAAAUUGGUUAUCAAACAUUGUCACUUUUGGAUGAAACACAAGUCAUUGAAUUGGCAAAAAUUUUGGAUAAAAAAGUGGAAUUCAAUACUUAUAAAAGUGACAUGAAAUGGGAUGAGAGCAUCAAGUACAGGUGGAGCAAUGCCAUCAAGAUGUUAUACGAUGUAAAUACACAAAGAGUCCAAAAACUUUUGGAAAUUAUGCCAAAAUUCGAUGUCGGAUUUAAGAAAUUAAUUUUCGAAAAUUUGACAACGAAUAUUCCAGAGUUCAAAUACAAAUUUGAACAGAGAUUAAGAGAUUUGUUGCAUUCAUUUGGUCGUAUAACACGGCUCGAUCGAAAUAUCAUGCAAACAUUUCUCGGAAUUUUGAGAAAUCAAAAGAGAUUCAAAGUGAAAGAAAAUUGGGAUGAUGCUGUGAAGGAAUUCACCAAUUUGACAUCAAGACAAUACACGCAGAUAGCACAGAUAUUGCUUGGUUUCAACAACCAACUCGCUAUAGAUUGCGUAAGAUGCUUUGAAGAAGUUUACAAAGAUAAAAAUGAUGAAUCUCCUGAAAAAAGUGACGAAUUCAGAAAAAUGAUCAUUGAAAUUCUUCAAAAGAGAAUCGAGCCACUUCAGAAGAUCAAACUGAUUGAUCCUCACAUCACAGCAAUUUUUGGCGAACUUUAUUUGAAGAAUUCUUCCGAAAAAGAGUCAAAAACAGUUUUGUUGAUGACAAUUGAUGAUUUCAAGAAAUUCGUCAAGAUGAACAUCGAAGAACCCUUCAAGCAAAUCUCUAGUUACGAGAGUUUUGUCACUGAAAAAACUAAAGAACUCAUUUUGUCAGAUCCUGGCAGAUUCAAAGAAAAUUUCAAAGAAUUUGUCAAAGAAUUGACAACUCCUUACAAUUACGUUUAUGCCAUUGAUGAGAACUUAUUGAAGAUGGUUGUCCACAGGAUGCAGAAUUUAGAUCCAGAGAUCACAGAUCCUGCUUUACAAUUCAAAGUUCCAUUUAGAGAACUUCAAAAGCGAAUCAAAGAUGAAAUGAUUCCGAAAGUGAAGAAAUUCAUGGACAUUCCUGAUGAUUUAGUUCCUGAAGUUGUCAAAACCUUCAAUCUCAAUGAUUUUCAAUCACAAUUUGAUGCUUUAUACCAAAAACAAAGAUCAAAGAAGAAAGAUUUGUUGAAUCCAAUUAAAACUCUCGAUCCGAAAUUCAUGAGAAUGUUCAUUUUACUUUACUUGAAUCCAGCAAAUCCAGAACGCGAUAUCUUGAAGAGAUGGAAGUCAAUUGUUGACGGAACAUUGAACUAUCUCAAAGAAAGAUUGUUGCCGUUCAUUUCCAAAGUAAAGAAAAUCGAAAGAUACGCUGUUGACGAUCUACUUUACGCCUUCAAAAAUAUUAAAGAUAUUGAGAGGACGUCGAUUAAAUCUAUCGUCGAACAGAGUUAUACAAAUCGAUCUAACAGGUAUUACCACAUUUUCGAGAUGCAUCAAGACGUCAUUGAACAUUUCAGUUCCUACAUAAAACAAGGAAAAAGAACUGAAUUAACAUGGCAAAAUUUGUGUCUCGAAUAUCCGAAAGUUUACGAAGGAAUCAUCAAAGAAAUUGAUGUCCUUAAAGAACUCGAUGAAUCAACGAAAGAAACAGUUCAAUACUUCUUAAUGAAAGAUGGCCGACAAAUGCCAGAUCAAUGCAGAAUUUUCAUCAAUAAAUUGGCAACGGAUUUGUACGCAUUAGUCGGAAGAUUCGAAGUAGACGGUGUUUUAUUCCAAGGCGUUUCAUUGGACAACGGUGCAUUGAACAUCUUGAAAUACUACACAAUCUACGAUUACGAAGAUAAACCUGAAAAAUUGAUAAAAUGGAAAUAUGCAGUGUCACUUUUCGAAAAAACGGUUGUAGAAGUUUACGAAAGUGUUUCUAAGCAUUUGAAGUUGUUUGAUGACAGAAUGAUAGGAAUGUUCAAUAACUACAUGACUGCAACGAACUAUACCCAUAGUUUGUUCAUUUCUGACAUUUCAAAGAUGGUUGAUGAAUAUUCUUUGUUUUUGUCAACAGGAUCCGAAACUCUUAAGAUAUUAGAGACAUGUGUAAGUUCUGUUGCAAAAGAUGAAGAAGACGUCAACAAGAAAUGGAAUAUUAUGUUCCAAAUGUUCUCCCAGAAAAUGAAUCAAAACUACAUCGAAAAAGAUAAUAUUUUCGACCAAUUACAAAAAGUGCCAGUUUCUGUCCAACACAAAGUGAUUUUCUACCUCGAAGAUGUCUAUUAUUCAAUACAAUCAGUAUUCGAACAAUACUCAUUGACUGUUAAAGAACAAGUUUAUGAUAUGGAUCCGACGGUUAUGCACAUAGUCACUUCACAUUUCAAUCAUUUAAUUGAGGAUGAAGUGAACAAACAAAUCCAAGAAUUCCAGGCCAGUCAACAGCAGCAGAAAACACAGAACAUCAUCGAAGAACAAAUUGCUAAUCUAAAGAAGAAGAGAAGAGAAGGUGACAAAGAAGAAAAUAACGUACCAAAACCUGACAGACAAGUUACAUUGAAAGAAAACAAGAUUGAUUACAAGAAAUUAUCACUUUCUGUUUGGAAGAAAUUGUUUACAAAAGACGAUAACGAUCAAACCAACAUUUACCACUUGAUUUCGAGUAUUUCGAAGAGUGUUUUACCUUUCUCUAUUUCAAACAAACAGAAGCCAAUGCCGAGACAAGAUAUCAUCGCAAUUUUCGAUGCUUUUAAUACGAAAUUGUCACUUUUCAAAGAAAGGUUAAUUGCAAGUGGUAAAGAUUCAACAUUUUUGAGGGAUUUGCUUUGUUUAGAAGAUUCUGUUUUGAACUUCUUGUUGUCAAUAAUGAACAAAGUUACACAAGACACGAAACAAGUUAAAAUCAAAGAAAUAAAUGACAGAAAACUUGUUGAAAAGAGACAACUCGAAUUCGAAAACAGAAUGAAAGAAAUCAAACAACAAGAAAUGAAGCAAAUGAAUACAAAUCUCGAAAUGGAAAACGUUGUCGAGUCAACACAAAUGACACAAAGAAUUUCUUAUGACGAAGGACCACAAAAGCCUGAUCCACAAGUAAUAAGACAAUCAGUUGAAGAAGAAGUGUUUUUGACAGAACAAGAAACAGAAACAAAAGUAAAUCUUUCCGAUGACGAUAAAAUAAAGAUUUGGGAAGAUUCUGUCAAAAACUUUUCCGAUUUCUUCAAUACAGACACAUUUAAUGUCUGGAUCCAAAGAUUGUCAAACUUAACGACAUCAUCACAGAUCUCUAGAUUCACAAUGCCAUUCACUGAUGUCAUGACAAUCAACCUUCUUUCUGUUUGCAAAGAUCAAAGAUUGUUGCCAAAGAAGAAACAAAACAAACCGUCAGAAAAUGUCAAAAAACGGUUGCAAAAGUCAUGGUCGAAAGAGAUUUUCGACUUCUUAGUUUACCAAUCACAACCUGUUUUCUAUUUGAGUAAGUUCGGACGCUUUGAUUUGACUUUGAUUCAGAGAUGGAGUGAUAUCUAUUUCGAUUGUUUCUCCAAUUUCAAGUUUAAUAUGAAUAACCUUAAACUGGCAACAAAACAAUUCAAUCAAACAUUCUCUGUCAUUGACAAAGAACAAUUCGAUUCUUUGAAGAACUCAAUACAUUCCCUUGGAAGUGUUUCUUUCGACCAACUAAACUCUUAUUACGACAAUACAUUCGAUCUUUGUUUGGCCACAAGAGAAAACAUCAUAAAUCUCUCGGAAAUUAAACAAAAAGAGCUCAAAGACACAGAGAAUUCCAAGCAGAAGAUUAUACUCAAAGAGGAUAUCGAGUUACUCAAAAGAUUACUCGAUGUUUUCAACACGAUUUUGGAGAUUUCAAGUCAAGUUGAAAUUAUCAAAUCUGAUGAAGAAAAUGAAAAGAAUAAAGGUAAAAAAGUGACAAAAUCUAACACUUCACCUUUAUUAUUUAACUCUGUUGAUGGGCCACGAGCAAAACUUCUCAAGAGAUUUGCUUUCUUCAUUCACGCAAUUAACGAACGUGGAAGAUUGAUUGAAGAAAAGAAUUCUAUUGGUGAAAGACAAAACCAUAUAAUUGUUUCUGUGAGAUUGAACGAAUUCUUAGCGAAACUCGACCAAUUAAUGGAGAAAGAAUCAACAUGCACACACAAUGUUGAUACAUCAUCAAUCACACGUAAGAUGUGGCAUUUAGUUUUGCUUCAUUUCGACAACUAUUGUCACAGAAAAAUCCUUGAAAUUGAGAGUUCUCUUCUUCAAUUCAAAGAUGCAGCAAUCACUGCACUUUGCACGAAUUUGGUCGACAUGAACGCUAGAUUACUAAAUGAUGAAGAAAAGUUCAACAAGAACAUGAAACAAACUUUGGAAGAAUACCAGAAAUUCGUUCAAAACUUCGAAUAUUCCGUAGAAUCAAUCACAGGAACUCUUCCAAAUUCGGAUCCUUCCAAACCAAAGAGAAUCGGUUUAACAGCUCCUGAAUGUAAAUUAAUCUCGAAAUUGUUCCUCCAAAAAUGCAUGGAUCAACAAUUUGUUUCCAGAUUGUAUCAGCAAGGAUUCUACAGAAGAUUCAACAUAGAUCAUUACGAAUCGCAAAAGAGAAUUCUUAAUUUGCUUGGCGAAGACAAAUCAUCAUUGAUGAUGUUGUUGAACACUUACAGAGUUUGUGCAUCCAGUAAGAGAUUCACAGAGAACCAGGCUUUCGCUGAUAAAUACUAUUCUUCCAUCUUCAAAGCAUUUGGAAAAAGAGCUGAAUGGUUGAUGACUUCUCAUGAAGAAAUCAGAGAAAUUGAUGGUUACAAACAAUACGUAACUAUCUAUGAAGCUAAUGAUACAUGGAAAGAUUUGCUUUCAAGAGCAAUUACAUCAAAAAUCAUUAGAUUGGAUGAUAUAAUGAAAUUCAUUCCUGAAAAGAUGGAAAUAACAUUCUUAAGUCCAUCAAUCAUUGAUUCAAUCAGAGGUUUCCAAGAUGAGUCUAAACAAACAGAAGACAAAAUCGAAAACCUCAAAGAAAGAAGUCAUCAGCAAAGAGACAUCAAAAGUAUGUUUGGUGAUGAUCAACAUGCAAUUGAUGUCGAAUCUUCCGAAUUGUGUGAAUUUUGUCGACAAUCUCUUUACACUGACAAGUUCAUUGUAUUUCCAUGUCAUCACGCACUCCAUAUUCAUUGUUUCCUUGAAAACAUGGAUUUGUUCUUUGAACCUGUUGAGCAGUUGAACUUAAUCGCUUUGCAGGCAAAUGCUCUGAAGAGAGAAGAUACAAGAGCUAAAUUAAUUGACGCUUUGUCAAAGAGUUGUCCAUUCUGUGGCGAACUCUCUGUUGAAAUUCUAAAUAAGAGUUUCGUUGUAGAAGAUCAAGAACAAAUUGACAAAUGGGCUCUUGUUCCAAUGUAA